AUGCUGCUUACCUUGUUUACACUCACACUGGUCGUGAUAUCCUUGCAAGGAUUGCAGGUCGACUUCGAACGUUUUGAAAUGCUUUUAGGGGUUGAUUACUAUAACAGUACGCUACGAGUGCGUAAGUACAACCGCACAGUAGUAACACUCAACGGUACAAUGGAACUGCUGCAACCACUCAACAAAAGCAUCAUAGUGUCGACCGCUCUCUUUCAUAGCAGCCGUGGAAAUCAACAGUUUAAUCACUAUCCGGUAAAAUUUCCCACCCAAGACGUGUGCGAGUUUAUGAACAGCGUUUACACCGAAUACCGUGAACACUUGAAGGAUGUAGUUAAUCUGGUAAGCGAAAACGAAUGUCCAAUCGCACCACGUGUUAUUAUUGCCGCAAACGAUAAGGUAUUUCCAUCCCAUGUGGUACCUCGCUUUUUCCCAUCGGGUCUCUGGAAGGCACAAGCAAUCGCUUGGCUAAACGAUAUCGAGGUGAUGCGCUUCGAAAUGAUUAUCAAGGCUAAAAAUGAUCUUAUCUGA